GAAAGGAGAGGUGUGGGGGGUAGCAAGUGUCAUAGAGAGGAGCGGGAGAGCGCGGGGAGCAGGUUGUUAGUCGAGGUGUUACGCACCCCGGAAUAGGUAUGUGAUGCAGGUGCGUACGGUGGGUUGUACGGUAGAGCGGUAUCGCGUGUGGAGACUGGAAAGAGCAUGUUGUUGCCAUACAUCAUGAAAUGCGUUUAACCCUGUGGCGUCAGGCAAGGACACCGUGUGAGCUUGGGGUGUGGAAGAGGGGAGGUUAUAACGGAGUGUGCAUGAAAGAGGGAAGGGUGCUUGGUGAAGGACAGCACAAGAGGGCGGAUACCGGUAUGUGUGUGCGAGGGGGGCCCUACCUGCAAGGGUAGAAGACUGUGAUGAGGACGGGAGCAGCUGCGGAUAACGGCGGGAGAAGGGGACAAGGCGUGAAGGCGCUGCUGAGGGAGAGGGAGAGAGCGCGAGAGAGGUAUGAUGUUGGUGAGAGGAUUACGUAUCUCGUGCGUUGCACGGCAUGUUGAUUUCAUAUGCAGGCUGAGGGCCAUUGCGAUGUUAGCUUAGCGUACCGGUAGUGUGUGUCGAGAGGGUUAAGUAGGUAGGUAGGUAGGUAGGUAGUAAGGAGGGUGCCGUGCGGCAGAACAGGCGUGGGCCAGGUAGGGGCUAUUUCAUUUGGCAACCCAACGCAAUGUUGGCUAAUCGGGGUGGCAGCAGACGGACGCCUGGGCCCGCACCUCUUAGCAUCCUUGAAUGGAGUAGCUUGACCCCUUCUGAACCGAACCUGUGUGGCGAGACUCCUUCCGGGUAGUGCUGUUAAAGGCUUGCGGCGGUGUGCGCGCCCCGAGCGCGGCGCAAGGCUGCUUUAGAGGCAAGGGUAGUUGACGCCGGCAAAGAAACUUUGAAGGGACAAAGUAUAGCUGGCAGUCGAUACCAUCUCCUCGCACACGGAAAGGGUCUUAGAAGCAAGCUUUUGUUGGUUUCGGGUCCACGUGGCUGCCUGCCGCCCGGCCCUGCUGGCUUUACGUACAUGCAACACCUCAGGCGCCGUACCCUGCGCGCGAAAGCAGCCGAACUGCUGGAGGCUGCCUGUAUCCGAUUUACGUGCAAGCUGAAAAAAUGCAAUUUGGUAAUGCCAUUCUGGGUCCCGCCAGUAAACUACAGCCUUGUUUAGUUGCUUUCCUUGCAUACUGCAUCGGCGCCACAACCAGUUUAACAGCGCUCUCUACUGUUUAGUGAAUGAAUGACAACCUAGAUGUUAUCCAUUUUGGGACGUAUUACUCUUGACGAGGUCGGCAUGGCCUGUUCGCGUAUGCGUCCUUGCUCCUCAAAACAUCAUAGCCAGGCAUUGACUACAAACCAUGAUAGUACUAUUAAGUACUUUCGGCCUUUGGUAGCGAUUAACCGUUGUCCGGUGUCAUGCCAACCGUCGCUCCAUGAGAGGAGCCCGACCACCAAAUGCCGGUCAUCGUUCUACGGAGGGCUCUUCCACCGGCGACCAGUACCAAGUCCACCCGAGUUGGUCCCGCAGCGCUGUCCUCACUGCGGAGGGACCGGGACUGUCACCUGCGGCGACUGCGGUGGUCGCGGGCGCCUGUCGAGGGCCGGCUACAACAAGAGGAACCGGGUGGACAUGGCCCGCAUCAUUGGCUCCAAAUGGACCGCCAUGCAGGAGACGCUGGGCUGGCGCCAUUUCCGAGUGGCUCAGCUCAUCGGCUUGUUUGCCAGCCUCAUUCAACACAUUGGGUAUUCUUCUCCCCCCUCCUGCCACUGGUUCUUCUUCUUCUCCUCCCGUCAGGUCCGCAAGACCGGCUCGGGGUCCGCAUUCGUGCAGCUGCAGGCGAGCUGCGACCCCGCAGCGCAGCUCUGGGUCAGUGCGGGCAACCUGCGCGAUCGAGACCUUUGGGCCGCCGGCUGGCUGCAGCUGAGCCAGAUGGCCGACCCCGCUGCCGCCGGAGCGCCCUGCCGUACAUGCAGCGGCUCGGGCAGCGUGCCGUGUGGCACAUGUGACGGCACGGGGGCGGUGAUGCGACCACCUCCGGAGACACCGCCAGAGAGCUCGACACCGCUACCGCAGCCGCAGCCGGAGACGCAGCCGGAGACGCAGUUGAUUGGGG